AUGACCGAUCCCGUCCAUAUAUAUCAUUCUUCCAGUAGCAAUGAGGCAGGUGUACGAAAUAGAAGUCGUAGCAGCGUCACCCUGAACUCCAUAGGUGGUGAAAAUAACAAUAGUGAGGUCUAUCCCCAGGUAGAAUCGGAAGUACUUGGUCAUAUUAUGACACAGUCCAACAUAGUAUACAGGAGUAACGCUUCACUCAAUAGUUCUGUAACAAGCAUUGCAGAAACAGAGCAGCAUUAUAUUCCGAGCAUAGCUAACAGACAGUCAAGUCAAGAAGCUAGGGCCCCAGACGACAGUCAAUCGAUUCUUUCAAAGGUCUUGACAGCAGCUAUGCCUAAUCUGAAACAAUCAAAGACUAGUUACUGGUCUCCACGUUUGCAAGAUAAAAGACAUCAAGUUGUUUUAAGGUUCCUGCUGACAAACAUGGUGCUUAUUUGUUUCAUUUUAACUAUCUUUGUAUUAUUUUGGGGCGCCACCUAUAAUACAGCGCAUUACUACUAUAGGACCAAGAUACUUGCAGUAAUCCAGGAUGAUAUAGUGAGUCCAGAUGCUUCUAUAUUGCCAAUGACCGCUAUAUUUCCCGCUCUGAUAGCGCAACUACCUGGAACAUGGCAUGUAUUCAACACAAGCAGUUUUCAAGACAAAUACAACGUUAAGUCUACCGAAGAAAUCAAUGCCAAAAUCAUCAGCUUAGUUUAUGAUGAAAAAUACUUUAUUUCCUUUAAUGUCCAACCAAAUGUCACAGAAAGACUGUAUGAUUCAUUGACGACAAAUGACAGUCCAGCUUUUAAUUCCACAGAUUUAUUCGAGUCAGUAUACGAGAGUGGGCGUGAUCCCAUUAAUAUUAAAUCGUUUAUGCUACCUUUGAUUACAAGCUUGCAAACAAGUUUUCAAGAGUAUUAUACAAAUACCUAUUUGCCUGGAUUUUUAAGCAAUAUUACUUUACCAACACCAGUAAAUUCUACGAAGUUAUCGUUCGCAACAAUAAUGAAGUUUAAUUUUCUAGAUUAUAGACCGUUUUAUGAUCGUAUUUUAUAUGGGCCUGCUCAGGUUGGGGCUAUCUACACAAUGACAUUAACAGUCUUCCAAUUUUUAAUUUAUGGGCCAGUACAUGCUAGAAUGGCGAGGAUUCUUAAACCGAGGCAUGCUUUGAUAUACAGAUGGUCGAUUACCUGUUUUACAGCAUUUAUUCUAUCAUUGUUCAUAUGCACGAUCAGUGCUAUUUAUCACGUUGAUUUCACAUUGGCGUUUGGGAAAGCGGGAUUUAUAGUUUAUUGGAUGUCGACCUGGCUAUUCAUGUUUGCAGUUGCUGGGGCAAAUGAAAAUGUUAUUGGAUUAAUUUUCUUGUAUAGGCCACAGUUCACAGGUAUAUGGGUUUUGAGUUUCGUUAUUUUGAAUCUAGCUCCAACUUUGUUCACAAUGGCUUUAGAUAGUCCAUUCUAUCGCUACGGAUAUAUGAUGCCACUACACAAUGCUGUUGACAUAUACAGAGUCAUUUUUCUGAAUGUUUCGAAAAGGAAAAUGGGGAGAAAUUAUGGUGUUUUAUGUGCAUGGAUUGUACUGAAUGGAUGUUUGUCGAUCUUUAUUUUGAAGUAUAUAAGAAAAGUCGUUGAGAGAAGAGAAGCUGCUAUGAGCACGAAAUAG